AUGGAUAGCACAAACUCGAAUGAAGAUGCUGGAUUUGCAAAUGGCGACGACCAUGCAGAGAAGAGUAUCACAUUGAUCGUCUCCGCAUCUACUGCUCGUUCUCUGUACGUACGCGGUUCUAUUCGAAUAGUUCCUAGAGGCGGUGUCAAGCAUAAGCAGGGGCAAGGGCUAAUUGAUCCUAGAAUCGAGACCUACUUCGAAGACGUACAUGCUUGUUUCCCAAUCAUCCACCAGCCGACCUUCAGGGCAUCCUUACCAGACCUCCUGGGAACUGGACAACAGCAGCCAAGGCUGCCUCUUGACCAGGGAUUGUUGAUUUACAGCAUGAUGGCUUUGUCUUCUAGAUUCUCACGCCUACCCGAGUUCCGCGAUGUCCCUCUGACCCAGCGCGGUCGUGGCUUUGCCCACCAGUCAGGCAAAAUUAUCAGUCAACUUUUGAUGGAAUCAGAGCUCGAUAAAGCUUCACUCACUUUUCUACACGGAUGCAGUCUUGCCGCGGCCUACUGGCUUGCCUGUGCGCCAAAUGGAAAAUCAUGGUUUCUUGUCGGAAUUUGCGUGCGCAUGGCUUACGGCCUCUCACUCCACACCACAGAUGUUGACCUCCGAGACUCAGAAGCACAGUCUCUCACUUCCACCGAAUGGGCCAGGCGAGAAUCGCUGCGGCGGGCGUGGUGGAUGGUGGUUGAAUGCGACAAUUUCGCUUCGGUUCUCCGGUGCCGACCUUUGAGCAUUGAUCGCUCCCGAAUGCACGUAUUGCUCCCGUGUAACGAUGAAUUCUGGUUUUCAGAGACACCAUGCACGUCAGCGUUUUUGGACAACGACGCCCAACGAUCCUGGAAGGACCUAAAGUGCUCUUCCAAUAAGAAUCCUCACGCGUGGUAUCUUCUGGUCAACCAGCUGAUGAUUCGAGGUCAUGAGAUGUCUCUGAACUCUAGAAGGUCUAUAACAGACCAGAAGAACCUUCGAAAUUUGAUACAAGCAGUCGACAUGGGUCUGCCCGAAGAGUUCAGCCGUACCCGACAUUCAGCAGCUACGUUUGAAGAGGGAUCAAUAGACCAUGACAACUGGGUCGUUGCUUUGCAUCUGAUGUUACAAGUUGCUCAUGCAUAUAUCUUUGAAUCGGAGGAGCAGGAAGAGGAUGAGGAUGCUACUCUGGAGGGAGAAGAUAAAAGUCCGGUUUCCUCUGAAAGCGGUCGCGGAAAUCCUCCACAUCACCCCUUCUUUGAAGGUGGUAAACGGCCGCCGUUACAAGUCGCGCCUCAAAAGUUUCGACCAACAUUAAAUGCCAUGUUGCGCGUCAUACGAACAUGGCCUCCGGACUAUUGCAUAAACUGCCAGCCAUGGAUAGUCUGCGCCCUCAUUGGACCCCAGGCUUCACACUUGCAAGCCACAUUUUUUGCGCCGACUCCUUCUCGUGGAGCCCUCGAGAGAGACUUGAUUCGUGAGACGAUCGGGCGAAUGGCCAAGUACUGGGAUGUUGCCUCCGUAACACUCGAGCUUAUGGACACCUUGACCAGUUGGCUCAGCUCACGCUUGCAGUCCGAUGAUACUACCACCACUGCCACGACUCGUAGUCCUAUCACAGAUCUAGAACCUGACCACAAAUUACGAUGCUUGUUGCCUGUCUAG